UUCCUCCAUCCUACUGCUUUGCUGGGGGGGAGCCGGCAAUCCAAACUCCAAACUAGGACUUGAGACCAGUGCCCGCAAGCUGGCAAGACUGGGCAGCCUCUUCUCUCCUUUUACACAAACUCCUACAGCACCUCGCCGCCUGACACACCAACACUACAGAUGAUUUGGCAUCGUCUCCUAAGCCUGCACAAUUCCACCAACACCUUCCAGCCAUAUAACGUUAUCCAGGGCUUGACACGUGCAAGUAGAAUCCAGGAGCCAGUCAGCCCAGCCAACAAGACCGUGGGCACUUUUUUUAGGCAGCCAAGGCAUUCUUUGAUCACUUAAACUGACUGUCUUUUUAUUAAUUUUUUUUUUUGGAAAUGCCUACCCAUAGGCAACCAGCACCUAUAGAACUUUAACCCAGUUUGCAAGAACUAGCUUUCACUUUAAGAUCCCAACAUUUUCAGCUGCCAAUGUAAACCUUGGCUGACAGCAGCGUGCACAGCAGCCGUCAUCUCCCCUUCCCACUUCAGGAAAUAUAUACAAUCUUUUUUUAUAUAUAGAUCUUUAUGUUUUAACACACUCGUGUACCAAAGAUUUUUUUAUUUUUUUUUGCAACGUGCCCGUGAGAAGUAGGGUUUCGCACUGACAUUAGUAAUAUCAUAUCCCCACCGCCUUCUCUAUUGCAUUAACACUUCGUAUGACGCAGCGUCAGGUUGUAGGGCGCCGUCCCGCACAGACCAGGGCUUCAAAGUCAGUUUGCACGCCUACACGAGGGCUCGGAGUCGUACUCACCUUUCUAUCUGACUUGGUGACAUUCAUAGCAGAGGCACAGGGACGCUGUGACAUCGCCUCUGUUCUCACGCUGUGCGACGCACACACACACACACACACACUCUCUCUCACACACACACACACACACACAGAGCUCACUUCUAACUCAGUCAUGCUUUCUUAAUACUAAUCCUCCUCGUCUCUUCUUGUCCAGUGGAUUGCUCCCAGCCUGCAACUGCGCUGAAUCCUCUGCCCGACGGCUCAGCCCCUUCCUCUGCUGACCACACUCCACCUAACCCCCUCUUCAUUGAGGGCACAAUGGACGCAUUUUUUAAAAGACAUUUCAGAAAAAAAGCUGCUCCUCCACCCUCAGAGACGUCUUGCCCGCCAGCUUUGCGGCGGUGCAAUGUGGUCAUUACCACCGGAAAAGCACGCCGCAGAUCCAGUGUUGGCCUGCCAUCUUCCUCUCUUUCUAUGCAACGACGAUGUUCGGUUACUCAGCCUGUCUCUCCUUGUUUGAUGACAUCAGGGCGUGGAGGGAAGAGAGAUGGGAGAAGGAGGUCGAGUACCACCACUCCGGGCCUCAGUCCUCGUUUUGCCGUCCAGAGGAGACGUGGGGGGAAAUUGAAAUCCAUUGAUCAUCAGCUUUUUGGGCCUUCUAUGUUGUUGGCCAGCCUCAUCCCAAUAAAGAAAGCUGCAGACAUGAGAGAAGGGGAAUCGGAGGAGGAAGAGGAGGAGGAAAUGGAAGACGUGUCAGAGGAAGGAACUGAUCAGGAUAGCAUUAUCUCCAGUACCUCUGACCGUAAAAGUACUGAGGAGAUGUGUGAGCUUCCUUCUUCUUCCACCAUUGAUCACCGAAAACUGUACGCACAGGACUGAGUAAAGGUGGGGUGGGGGGAUACGUGUGUAUCUAAUAUACAAUUUUUUUACAUUUAUAGGAAAACUACAGUGUAUAACCUAUUUUUAACCUAUUUUUGCUACAUAACACAUUAAGCAAUUUUGUGAACUUGAGCAAGUUUCUAAAGCUUUUUAAUUAACAAAUUAAAUGAAUCAUUGACCUAU